UGCAGUGCGCGGGUCGGUUUACUGCGCUGUUAUCGUCAUUCGUGCCAUUUGGAUAUGCCUGAAAUGAAAUUGGAUUAUUGAAUUAAAACACAACUUUCUCGUUCUGCCAACACGCGGUACUGUUCGAGUGGAUAAUGGAAAUAAGUGAAGUUGAAUAGAGGCAAGUGGAAAAAAGAGUGGCGAAGCGAUGACAGCAAAAUUCAAAAGAUGCCAAGAAAAGAAGCUCUCGUAUUCCAUCGGGCAAAAGAACGGAAGCUGUUGGAGGAUAAACGAAAUUACGAUGUAGGAGUGAAGACUUACUAUAUAGACAGAAGCAUGUGCCAUCAGUGAUUGUGAUAAAAUCGUCUUCAAGCGGAAAAUGUAGAUGCAGUAAAAUAUUUUGUGAUGACAUCGUCGUAUUGCUCACACCAUCAAUGUAACAAUGUCGCUUUCGCGACCAUUGUCCUUCUGCUAACGACGAUGAUAGAUAUGAGAGAACAAACCAUGCUAACCGAGUACACCCCAACGACGGAAGCCGUAACAUAUUCUAAACAAAUCAGUUCGAACAGCAGAUUGUCUUCGCUGUCAGUACCUACAUCGCCGACGGUGAAGGUAUUGCUAAAUGUGACAACAUCAGACUCGUUGAUGGUUUUGGAGCAGCAUCGGAACAAUUUUACGACACCUCAGCACGAGACAGCCGGUUUAUCGCAGUCACCACCCACAACUGCGGUAGUAGCACCGCUACCAACCACUGUGGUAGCAUCCUCAACUCUGACAACAACAGCACAAGCGAUGGAUCAAUACAAAUCUAACUAUAGCAUAAAGUUCACAACUUUUCGACCAUUACUAGUACCUACUUUACCUGAUAUUCGACGUAGGAUUAUACAUUCGAUGCCUUAUCAGUCCAAGCAUCACCAUGAGCGACAUUGGGGUCCAUUUUUCGAAGAGCCACUCAACGUGACUUCCGGAGCACUGCAAGUGGGCUAUCAUUUGUCAACGGAAGCAAUUCUCAACUGCAGGGUAGGAAUGCUGAAAGAUAAAACGGUGAUGUGGAUUCGCAGGACGACCGAUAAAGUAUCUCUUCUCACGGUAGGCAACAACACGUACAGCGGAGAUCCAAGGAUAAGAGUAAAAUUUCAAUAUCCAAAUAACUGGCGCCUACAUAUCAACCCUAUCAAGAAUGAGGACGGAGGCUUAUAUAUGUGUCAAGUUUCUACCCAUCCACCCCGAGUUUUCGCCACCAAUCUUACAGUCCUAGAACCUGCUGUCCGGAUAGUGGAUGAGAUGGGAUACGAGUUCUACGACCGAUACUAUAAAUUAGGUAGCACAAUCGAUAUAUCAUGUCAGGUGUCGUUGUCGUAUCUGGCAACCUUGCCAACCAGAACACGGCCAGUGUCGACAGGGCAGAAUGCCAAUAGUCUACAAACGGUGUCAUCUGACAGCAACGUCGCCACCAACUUCGGCAGUGUGAGCACGACCAAUUCCAAAGUUUUCAACGAGGAAGCGACAACUAGCAAUAACAAUAAAGAUAAGACAAAACAAUCGUUACCGCAAAACAUUGUGUGGAAAAAAGAUGGUUCCGAGCUGCCGAAGGAUAUCAAGCUCAGCUAUAGCCUGUCGAAGCAAUGGUUCACCAGCAGAGUUUCCAUUAUACAAGCUGAGCGGACACACAGUGGUCUCUACACGUGCAAGGUAGCAGACAAACAGGCGAUCUCGGCACAAAUUCAAGUACUGAACGGUGAAACACCGGCUGCUGUUCAGCAUAACAGAGGGGACAAAGAAAGGACGAUUUCUGCUCUGAUCUUCUAUUGCGUUCUCUGCUGGAUCCAACUGCACAUAUCCUACACGUAAUGUACCCGUGAAGUCCGGAGCAUGAAAGCGACAAUAUAUCAAUCAUCCCAAAAAGGCGCAACCAUCAAGAUUAAUUAUUCCCUCUUCGUGGGUGGCACUGCGGUCGUUGGUCGGUUCUAUUCAUUCAACAAUCGCUAGCCAACGCAAUCGAAGCAAGACCCAGAGCGCCUUUAUCCCUUUGCAGAUGGUCACAAUCAGCGCGAUUUUGGUCAUCAUCCGAUUAGGAAAGAUUUCGGUGAGAAUAAUGAAGCGCCUUUGGCGGAACAGCACAACAAUGGAACUUGAGAAUCAUGAUUUAUGCAUCAUUUUUCAUAUCUGAAACCACCAACGGCUGAACCCGAAUAAGCGUUCGUUUAAUCGUCAUUUUCAGCCUCAUUGUUAUUCCAUUGCACCUCGAUUCAAGAAGCCAACACAAAACCACAACUUUUAUUUCAUUGACAAAAAGCCCUCGGCAUAUCGUGGCAGACUCGCCAAUAAUGAGAAAAAAAGUUCAACAUUUGAUUGCGCAUAAUGAAGCGAAUGAUUCCAAUCAAACCGAUGACAAAAAUCAAAAUGUAAUUUAUUUUCUAGGAAUUGAAUUUUAACAUAUUGUUAAAAGUUUAUUAAUGGUUAUGUAAAUACUCUACUAACUACAAGCAGUUGUAAGUAAUGUUUUGAGUGAGUACUGGUAAGAUGUAAUAAUUAGUUAAAGUUGUAGUGAAUUUUGAAAAUAUUAAAACAAUAGUAUUCUCAACUCACAAGCAUUUCAAGCAAAGCGAUGAAAAUGGUUAGAGGUAAAGUAUAUCUUCAAACUCAUUAUUGCCAAAUCUAUAUAUACACAAAACUUCUAACAAACAUAUUGCAAAACAACACAUAUGUAUCUAAAAAAAUGAAUGUAAAAUACGGUAACAAACCGCAGAAAGAACUAUUGUACUAUUAAAAUAAGGAAAAAAAUAAAAGACAUAUACGAAGAGAGAAGUAAACAACUCAAACAGCGUGUAUAAAUCGACGAAGAA